UAGGUUGUGUUAGAGAAGACCAGACCCACAUCUACUACAGGUGGACUUCAAGGAGCCGCGAGGCCAGGAGAAAGUGAUCUUCGGCUGUUCAACGUUUCUUCAAGCGCCGUUCUUGACUAAUUCUACAGAGACACCAUGUCUGCCAUCGUUCUUUCCGCAUUCCGCUUUGAGACACUGAAAGUUCCCAACAAGACGAAAAUCAGAGAUUUCGUCAAGGACAACAAGUUGGAGUUCGCCAAGGGGAAGGGCUUCUACCAGCUGACCAAACCCGAGACCAUCCAGCGCUACAAGGAGGUGGUGGCGCGUCGCAAGACGGACGGAGCCUACGUCAGCGGCGACGCCGUCAGGAAAGUCCUCGGCAUUCCUCAAGACGACUCCAACUUCUCCCUGAACAAGAAGAACAUCCCAGACUUCGACGUCUUCAUCCAGAGCACGUCUUACAACCGCGUCUUGGUUCCCAACACGGAGUUCUUGUACGAGGUGAAGACCAGCUGUACCGCGGUGGACAAGAAGAAGGGGUCUGCUGCUGGGAAGAGGAAGGCCGAGGCAGCUGACGUCAUGAUUACGUGUAAGAAAGUCAAGGAAGACGAGACGGUCCCUUCUCCGUGUGUCGUUCCACGCUUCCCGCCAGGGGGGCCGAUGGAAAUCGUCUUCUCCUUCGACACCACGGGGUCCAUGGGCGGCUGUAUCGCUGAGGUCCGCAGAGAGGUUCAGGAUAUCAUCCGCCGUCUGCACGCCGACAUUCCCGGCAUCCGCAUCGCCAUCUUCGCGCACGGAGACUACCAGGACGCCGCCAGCACCUACGUCACCAAGUGGGUGGACUUCACCACGGACGCCGACAAGCUGUGCGAGUUUGUGCGCACCGUGGAAAACACCCACGGCUACGACGGAGACGAAUGCUACGAGCUUGUCCUACGCCAGGUCCGGACGGAGCUGUCCUGGACGCCGGGCACGCAGCGCUCCCUGGUCCUGAUCGGUGACGCCGACCCGCACGAGCCCAGCUACGGUCUCAACACGGACAACAUCGACUGGAGAGAGGAGACCGACAGGCUUUACAACGAGAACGGCGUGCACAUCUAUGCUGUCCAGGCUGGCGGGUGAGUCUUGAAUCACUGACAUCGUGCCUCAGU